GAGUCGGCGGGGGAGGGGACGAGGGCCAGGGUGACGCACCACCGGCUGCACCGCCUUGCACCCCACCCGACUCGGCGGGUCUGCGGGGCACGGCCGCCGCCUCCCAAGGGACUGGAUGGCCUCGGAAGACCUGGCGGUGGAGCUGGCAGCGGUGCUGGGGGGCCGGGGACUGUGUGUGCAGAGUUGUGACUCGGAGCCGGCCGAGGAGCCGCCGGCGCCCGUGCGGCUGCGGAGGAACGUCUGCUACGUGGUGCUGGCCGUGUGCCUCAACGAGCAGGUGAGCGUCCGCCCGCCGGCUCUCCGCCCGGGUCCCGGAGCGCGCAGCCAGCCCCGUGGGGACAGACGACCUACCGGCAGCAGCCACCGCUUCUUGGAUGAGGUGCUACUGAUCCAGGAGGCCAAGAAAGAAUGCCACGGGUCAUGGUACCUACCCGCGGGGAGGAUGGAGCCCAGGGAGACCAUCGUGGAGGCUUUACAGCGGGAGAUGAAGGAGGAGGCCGGGCUGCACUGUGAGCCUCUGACAUUGCUGUCUGUGGAGGAGAGGGGCCCCUCCUGGAUCCGCUUCGUGUUCCUCGCUCGCCCAACAGGUGGAGUUCUCAAGACUUCCAAGGAGGCAGAUGCGGAGUCCCUGCAGGCUGGCUGGUACCCACGAACCUCCCUGCCCACUCCGCUGCGAGCCCUUGACAUUCUGCCCCUGGUGGAGCUGGCCGCCCAGUACUGCCGGCAGGCCAGGCACCCUCUUGUUCUGCCCCAAGAGCUUCCCUGCACUGUGGUCUGCCAGCGGCUUGUGGCCACCUUUACCAGUGUCCAGACAGUGUGGGUGUUGGUGGGCAAAGGGGGGGUACCUCACUUGCCCAUCUCGGCCUGUGGCUUUACCCCUGUGGAGCAGAGGGGUGGACUCAAGAUGGCCAUCCUGCGGCUCUUGCAGGAGUGUCUGACCCUGCACCACUUGACAGUGGAGACCAAGGGGUUGCUUGGACUGCAGCACCUGGGCAAAGACCAUACAGAUGGCAUCUGCCUCAAUGUUCUGGUGACAGUGGCUUUUCGGAACCCAGGUAUCCAAAAUGAGCCCCCGAAGGUUCAGGGUGAGAACUUCUUUUGGUGGAAAGUGAUGGAGGAAGACCUACAAAGCCAGCUCUUACAGAGGCUUCAGGAAUCAUCUGUCGUCCCCCUCAAUAGAUAGGAAGGUGCCAUCAGUGAGCAAGGAGGUGGGUGCCUGUGCUCCCUCCACCGCGGUUUUGCCUCCUUCUGAGGAAGGCAGGUUAGCAAUCAGGGAUCUUUUCACAUUGGGAGCAGGGCAGUUCUCCUGCUCAGGGGGACUUCCAUCGCCCCUCGCUGUGGAGCAGGUCCCUCCAUUGUACCAAAAGGGACAGUGCCUUUUACCAAGCAAGGAGUCCAGAGCUCAAGAACCCAGUUGCCCAGAGGUAUGAGGGCACCGCUCCCUAAGGGGAUGCAAGAACUUUCUGAACCUGAGAUGGCAUCUUAUCAUUUUCCACGCCUACUCCUCCUUUGGUAAAGGCCUAAAUUCAGAUUCUCAGGCACUUAGAACAUGGGGUGCUGUGGGAGGUCACUCCAAGGAAAUGGUCCCCUUGCUGAAUAAAUAGGUGUUGCUUACUUUACCUUCCCACCUAAAUGUCUCUGUGGGGAGGAAGUGAGCAGGAAGGGGGGACUGCCCUCAGAGGAGAAGUUCCUCCCCUUGUACCACUGACAGCCACCCACGCCAUCUUAGACAGCAAGCUGACGCUGUAGGGGCCAGUCUGCCGGGUAAGGGGUGACUGAAGCAGGCAGGUUUCCUGCUGUCUGUGUCCUCCACGGCUUGUGUUGGGCCCACUGGGGCCCUCUUCCUCUUGCCUGCCACGGUAGGAAGUGACCGUAUCCCCAUCAAGGUUUGAGCAGUGAGAACACCAGGGAAGCUCCAGGUGGGCAAGGAGCUGUGAGAGCUUCCGUCGCCUGGGUUUCCUUCUCUUGGAGCUCUCUGACCCCUUCUGUGCCACUCUGCCAGGCUCCUGCCUCUGCCUUUCGACAGCUCCAGCCCAAACCAGACGAAAACUUUCUUCAUUUCCCCUCAGCCCAGCUGAAAUCAUGCAGGGAUAGUUUAAAGAAAGAACUUGACUAAAAUGUAAGGGAAACCAAAGGAAAUGAACAAAGAAAAUAUAUUGUGUACUCGUUGCUCUGCCUCAAGUCC